GAUGUUAGAGCUUUUACUGUCAGCAGUGCCAGUUUUAGGUGCGCUCACUCUUGACAGUGUCAGUAUUUAGCUCUCUCACUAUUGGUUGUGUUGGUCUCUAGGGCUCUCACUAUUGGUUGUGCCAGACUUCAUGGCUGUUAGUUUUGGCAGUGCCUGAUUCUAGGACUCUUCUUUUAGUAGUGUUAGACUUUUAUAUUUUUGGCAGUCUCUAGAGGAUUUACUUUUGGUUCUGCUCACCACACCAGCAAGAAGUAAUUUGCAUAGCCGAAGAAAUACUACAGAAACAAAAAGAGGGAGGAGUCAGGAGAGUUAAGGGGCUUAUUUGAUGUUAGUUUCUCUUUCUUCUUCUGGAGUUGGUUCAGGAUGACGGUGUGGGGUCUGUUCAUAUUUGUGGUUGUGCUGGGAGUGUAUGUGGAAUAUACACAAAACACAAACACCGACAGCUGUUCAACACUCACUGUUUCCCAUGAUUCCCUGCUGGUGGAGUAUGGAGAACCUGUUGAACUCACCUGCUCCAUACCAUCCAAACCUUCAUCACAGUACAAGCUGGGCUGGGAGUCUCAGAUUAAUCCUGUCCAAAUAGAGAAUGAGACCAGUGUGGUGUGGAGAUCGCCUGGUCUGACAGAGUGGGAGGUGAACGGAAGAGAGUUGUUCUGUUUCCUGACAGUAAAUGUAGCACCAAAUCAAGACCAAUGUAAAAAGAGGGUCCAUCUGAGUCUUUACAAGCGUCCAGACAGUAUGAAGAUCAGCUCUGAGUCCAGCGUGUGGUCAGAAGGUCACAUGAUGAAGCUGAAGUGUGAGAUUAAGAAUGUGGGCCCAUUACAGAGCCUUACUGUACAGUGGACCAGAGUGGACCAGAACAAAAACAGAACAGUCACUGAAAUAUCAUACGGAAGUUUCAGCUCUUCUGGAGAGGAGAGAAAGAGCGGGAAUGUGACGGCCACACUGAAUGUCUCAGCCAGUCGUGAUGAAGAUGGAGUCCAGUAUCAGUGUGCAGCUCUACUGAAGCUGGAGCAGCUCCAACAACCACAAGUGGGAACAUCAGAACCUCUGAACAUCACAGUACACUACAGACCCACCAUAACACAACCUUCCAAUGGUACCGUAUCUGUAACUACCGGCAACAGGCUGGUUCUGAGCUGUUCAGCACAUGGAAACCCCAGUCCUCAGUAUUCCUGGAGCUCACCUGGAAACAUGAACUUCAUAAACUCCUCCAUCCUCAUCAUCAGCAGCGUCCAGUCAGAAGAUCAGGGUCAAUACAACUGCACUGCCUACAACGAUGCAGGCUCUGAUUCAGUGACUGUGAUGGUUAACGUUGUAGUGGACUACAAGCUGAUCAUCAUCGCUAUCUGUGCUGUGCUUGGCGUGGUGUUGCUGGUAACUGGGUUCUCCUUUUGGUUCUACAAGCGUUACCGACGCACCCACAGUGCCACUAUAUCCUCAACAACCUGACAUCAUAUACACCCAAUGCCAACGUGGUCCACAGAGAUGUGGAUCAGAGCCAACCGAUGCUAAUCUACUCUUAAACAGAAUCUCAUUGUUGUCUCUUUCUACA